GGCGCUGCACAUCAUUAACGGCACACCUGUGUGGCGGGAGAGCAGUCGCAGCCGUUGGCCCACUUCGACGUUCGCAAUGGGGCCCGUGGGGAUAGUUCUUUGCAUUUUUUUUGGACAUUUUGUCUCCGUUCACUCUUUUCCGGGAUUCUUCGACCCCCCGGUGCCUUUUCCUCUCGAGAGAAACUUUGAUUUCCCGCCGUAUCACAGCAUCUUCAGCUCCUGGCCGGCGGGCAGCCCCGACUUCCACGUGCUCGCCGAGUUGCCUCCCUUCACCCACGUUCCCGGAGUGCAGGUGUUCUGCGAUGAAUCCCAGCUCUCCGUGCUGGUCGAUAAGAGAGCCGACGGCGCCGCGCUGACCGCUGAGGACGUACAGUUGGGCGAUGGCUGCUAUAGCAACGGCGAGCGACCGCACCAAUAUGUCUUCACGUACAGUGUGGACGAGUGUGGGACUUCACAUUCGUUCCAAAAUGGCCUGAUGAUGUUCACUAACAAUGUCCACUUGAACCUCAAAAAACCUCUUUCCACCUGGUGGCAAACUCCUUCCACAGUGCAAAUCUCCUGCAUCCCACAGAGGGCUCUCGCUCGUCCACGCUUCUCUGGCUCGGUGGCACCUGCCGAGAACGGCAAGAGCUUCAGUAUCAAAGCCGAGAAUGGCAAGAGCUUCAGUAUCAAAGCCAUGAAGCCGUCCUGGACAAGUGCCGCAGAGUCGAAUGUGUACAAGAGAGGGCAGGCGAUCAACCUCCAGGUUUCUGCCGAGACUGGGCCCGAGCGGCAGCUUUUCAUCCAGUCCUGCUCCGUCUCCGCGUCCCCCGAGCCUCAGAGUAAACCUCGACGCGUGGUCAUAAUGAACAAAGGGUGCACCGCCCCUUUGGGUUCUCCUCAUCCAGUCGUGCAGUUCGUGGCCUCCCGCAGAGGGAAUGUGGUUAAUUUUGCCCUGAACACGUCUUAUCUCAUUUCUGAGCUUUACAUCCACUGUAGUGUGCACAUCUCUGACCAGGGUGUCAAUUCUGGCUCCAAAUCCUGCAACUACGACAUAAUCCAGUCAAGAUGGGAAGACCUCAAUGGAGCUGUUGAGGUCUGCGAGUGCUGUAGCUCAAAGUGUGAAGUGCCAUCAGUCCGACACCUUCCUGAUGAUGGCAGGGCUACAGUCAGCACUGGCCCGUUGGUGAUUGUGGACAAGGACAUUGAGAUGAGGUCUGAGCCGGCUGUGUCUGAACAACAAGAAACCCGUCCUGCCUCCGUUAUCGACUCCAUGCUGUCUGAUGCCCCAGUGACAGAGGACACUAUUGUGUCUGGCGCUUCUCGAUCAAGAAGCGAGUUCUCCUCUGCCCCACACGGUGUAGUGGUUGUGAGCCGGGACCCAGUUGCCAGACUGACGCUUUGGCUUCCUGGAAAGGUUCAGGAUACUGAGCACAGCAACAAUAUUGGUUCCAUGUCUGAAGACAGUCUGACAGUUCAGUUAAAGGCUAACGACGUCAUAUCAAAUGAGUUUCCUGAUCCACAACCUUCAACAUCUCAAAUGAAACCACCCACAAAUGAGGUCGAAGGUCAAACCAUAAAUGAACUAAAAAACGAUGCCUCAUUGUGGGAUCUGAAUGUUCCUGCAAUGGUCGAUGGAUGGCUGAUUCCAGGACCUCCGAGACAAAAGGGGUUUGGAAGAUCUGGAGUAAUCAGCACAGACGUUGCACAAGUCGACGUCCCUCUGCCAGCUGAGAUGGCUGCAAAUGACCUGAACCGGAUCGACUUCAACCAGAUGGGAGAUGAGCUGGCUCAAAUGCAGGCGGACGCAGCCGUGACAACACAAGGAGGAACAGGUGACGUCCAACCAGUAGUUCGCUCAAAACUCCAGUUCUCCAAAGGCAUGGAUGGGACGCAGACGGUGAGUUAUGAGGAGGAAGUGGUGAAGCAGCAAGAGGGAAAAGGUGCGGCCAGAAGAUGUGGAAUGGAUUUGCUUAAAAGAAAACUGGAGCCCAGGCAGAAGGGGCUGCGCUCAGCUUUUCUGGAUUUGUUGAGGAGGAUGGACAAGGCAGAAUAACUACCAUGUAUUUUAUAAUUGUACUCUAAUUCAAUAAACUUAUUGACCAAUAA